UCCGUAAUAAUCUCGCCGGGAUGCCGAACUGAAAGGGGAGACUGAAGUCGCUCCUUUCAUGUCUACGACUACAGUUACUUUGACCAGUCGUUGCGUGGACACUCUGCGCGACGCAGCAUCCUAACUAUUUAAUAAAACGCGACUCCAGUGGAAAUGCAUUUUCACAGAAUUCUCCUAAAAAUAUCAUCUUCGUCGAACCCAAUGCGAAGAAGCUGAGCGGUUCCACUUCCCAGGCCCCGUCGUUUUCAUCGCGUAUAACCGCAGGAAACCUCACCUUGAGGCUUCUCUCGUCUGGUUCAUUGUCCCUGUCAAAUAAGUCGCGUAUCUUUUCUACGGCUUUGUAGCCUCUUGUCAACUUUGAUUUCCCAUCAUUUCCCCCUCCUCAUCCCUUCCUUAUCCGCGUGCUUACGGUGUCUCGAUGCUUGCCUCCUAGGUCCUAUGUCGCUUGCCACACGGCGGCAGCUUUCCUACUCAUAUUCCCCUCGACUUUGCUCCACCUUCACCAACUACCUGACGGGAAUGGUUUUUUAACCUGAAUCGGUUCCACAGCGAACCAUUUUGAUGAGUUUUGAUGAACCUUCUGUCCAAGGCAUGCUGGCUUCAUAGUGGUAUUCGGGCCGCAGCACAUUGGCAAUAAUCCCGUUCCGGUGCAGACCAUUUCCCCGAUAUGCAAAGUAACACCCCCGCCUUGGGCAGCUUUUUCAUCCCGUAAGCAAGAUCUACACGUACGACGACGUCGUUUGUCACCCUGCAGAAGUUGACGCUGCCUUUCCCCCAGCAACUCCCCCCCUGCCCCCGCCGGCGCUCCGGGGUAGAGGACCUAACCAGACAGCCGCUGCAUCUCGAGUGCGAUCGAACAGGAGAAGACAGAAAAUCCCCUCUCUGUUUCCUUCCACUUUUUUAUUCGCGGCAUGCCAUCGAAGUAUGGAGUUGUCUGCCACGAUGGUUGCGGCUGCUUCGUCAGAUAACAGCCGAAGCCGCAGCAGAAGCCCCCGGGGCUUUGAAUGUUUUGCUGCGUCCUCUCGGCAAAGCGAUGACAGAUCCUACGACAGGUCGAGAGGAGGGAGGCUGGAGCCGGAAUUGCGGGCGGUCAUUAAGAGACAUGUUGUCCAAGUGGAUGCCCAUAACCGCUACCUGGAGAAGCGGCAGAUGUGGAGUCAGCAUGAGAAAGAGGAGCAAGAGCGUGCAAAGAAAAAGAGAGAAAGUCACGGAAUUUUCUCGCGUGACUAUGGUGGUGGUGAUAGAGACAUUUUCGACAGAAUGUCGCAUCGAAAGCAGCCCCGGACAGAUCGGAGCUUCAAGGAAGACGAGGGCCUGCGAGGCAGGUCGGGAGGCACCUCCUUGAGCGGGUUCGACAUGCACGCCGGCGAGAGACUUCUGAACGCUAGGGAAAAGGAGAAGAAGCGACUUAAACAGCUUACACACGAAUCAACUGACCACUGGCAGCCGGACAAGUUCUAUACCGAUGAAUUGAAGACAGAGAAACCCUGGAUCAAUCCAUACGAAGUUAUGGCCCGAAAUUUGUUAAUGCCGCCAAGCGAAGGAGAGCUCACCCCAAAGGCGGAUUCAACAUCCAGAAGUUCGUCACCAAGUCGCAAGCGCGACAGGGCGAAGAAGAAGUGCAAGAAGAAGAUGAAGAAGGAGAAGAAGAAGUUGAAAAAGAAACUGAAGAAACUGAAGAAAUGCUAACUGCCUGAGUUCUGUCAUUCGUUCCGAAUAUAUGCAAAUGGCUGAACUGAUGUUUUUCAGAAAGCCGGCUGUGGAUAGGGCAAAUGACAUCUGGAGACCGCAGGCGCGGUAAGAGGUGACACGUCCUUCAACACGUGAGUUCCUGUCUUUUGCUGCCGUUUUAGGCUCAUUUUGGUGGGUCUCGUGGACUUUAGUGCUCAUCAGCGGUGUCGUGUUAUUAAUCCUGGUGGGGGCCGAGCAGCCGCAACAGCUUAUCGUCAGGACUGUAUUGCUUCCGAUGCAUAAGUGGAAUGUUGCCUCGCACGGCAGGGCUCUUCC